AUGAGGUGGGGUCUUUUGUUCUUGGCGAUUGCCGCCUUUGUCGCUGUUUCGUUUGCCGAUGAUGCGGCUACCGAGGCGACCACCGCUGCUGUGGCUGAGUCAACAACUGCCGCUCCAGCUGAGUCCACCGCCGCUCCCACCACCAAGAAAGCUGUUGUGCCCAAGAAGCACGCCAAGAAGCACCACAAAAAGGGGAAACUCCGCAAACAGCACAAGAAGAACCGCAAGAACUGGAAGAAAAACAGAAAGGCAAUCGUGAAAGCCCGUCGUGCCGCCGCUCGUAAACACCGCAAAACUCUCCGCAAAGUGGCUGCUCGUCGUGUUGCCCGCAGAAGAUUCUUGAAGAAGCGUACCGCUGCCCGUCGUGCUGCCGCUCGUCGUGCCGCCAACAAACGACGCACUCACAAAAGAGCUCACAAGAAAGCCUUCAGAAAGGCGCACAAGAAACACUUCUCCACU